GCUCAUCGCUUGCAUUGGCCAGAGAUGAGACGUAUUCCCCCUUCCUCCUUCUUCCAUGGCAACUUCAAGGGACGGGGGGCUAUGGGAGGAGCGACGGUUGGAGGUCCAGGUGGUCGAGCCUGCGUAAAAACGCAACAAACACACGCAAAGCACUUACGAAAUAGUGAGCGUCAUGACAAAAAACUUGAUCCCUGCAGCUUUUUGGCACUCCUAUGAAUAAAUAAGCUGUUUUCAGAGAAAAACUCCUGGAUUUUCUGCUGGAGAUAGAACAAAAAGAGCGGAACGCGCUUCGGUGGUGCGUCGCUGGGAUCUCUCUGGAAAACGGACAACACAGGAUCAACCAGUUCAGGGUAAACUUCAGACUUUUGGUCAAAGAAGUUAACCUGAAAACAAGAUCAAGACGGCUUGUCUCCGCGACCAGUGGGGAUAUGUUCAAGAAAAGCAAGAGUAAAGUGCUGGUGGAUUAUGCGUCAGAGGAAGACGACAUGUCCUGGCACUAUCAUCACUCAUACAAGGACAAAGACAUAGAAGGAGAGGAAGAGGAGGAGGAAGCUGUCACUGCAGUAUCCAAGGAGGCGAAGGUGAAGAAGAUCAUGUCCAAGAAAGAGAGGAGGGAGAAGAAGAUGUUUUCCUCUAAAGAUGACGAGCACUUCUUGUUGACUGGAGUAAAGCUGGCUGACCGCAGAGGGUCUCUCAAGAAAAUCAAGGACGAUGAGAAGGAGAAGGAAAAAAAAGACAAGCCAGAGAAGGGCCACUGUUUUUGGGAGAGUGUUACCAUGACGAUGAGGCAGAUCUCUCCCACCAAAAAACUGGAGAAGAUGGAGGGCUGGGAGCCUCCACACCUGGAGAACUUAACUGAGACUGUGACCGACGAAGCCCCAGAGGACAAGAGCCAGAAAGGGCACCCUCCAGUGUCCUUCCCCGACACUGUCGGCCUCCCUUUGGAACUGGCAUCCUGGGCUGGCCAGGGUCUUGAGGAGGAUUCUUCCCGCUAUGUGAAUCUGUCGGACUCCAAGAAUUCAACAGCUGCCAUCAGGUGGACAGCCCGCGCCAAAGUCAAGUUGGCUGGCAUCAGCAGGAUGAGCAAAGGGAUCGUGUCAGAAAGCGCAUGGGAGGGGUUUAAAUAGGAGCCAUUUCACCUUUGAAACCCUCCUUCCUCACCUAUGUACCGUCAAUAACGAGGAUGAAGACCUGAACCAAAAUCUGCUUGUCUCUGUAGUCUAGUUCCGGAUGAAACCGCUGUUAACUGGUAUUGAGAUGCUGUUGUAAAGCCCAGAACUUAACACUUAGCGUUGAAGUCCUCAACAUGCGAGUUUUAUCAAUGGGUCUUUGACAUGAACUGUAAAUUACAACAAAUAAAAGCCUUAAACUACUGUACCAUUUGAACUGUGAUAUCCACUGGCCUGGCAUUUAGAUAUUUUGAAUUGCCAAUAAAUGAGAAGAGAGUUUUUCAUAUAAAUAUUAUGGUUGUCGGUGUUAGAUAAUUCAUGAAGAAUAUACAAACCUCCUGGAGACUUGUUGGUUUUCAGGCCCUUUAUGUCAAGUGAAGAAUGUGAGUCUGGAGCUCUAAUAUACACAUCGAUAAUGGGCUUAAAAUGUGUGCAAUGAUGUAACAGCUUAUGAAAUCAUUUGGAUCUGGAAUAUUAGUGUGUUUGUGUUUGCAAGUGUGUGUAUGUAAAAGAGAGGUUGAUGGAGAGGAAAUGAGUUUGAUGGACUUGCAUGCACAUUUGUUUUUGCGAAUCACAGUUGGCGUUGCUAAAUAGAUUUGAAGUUCUGUUGUGUUGGGGGCAUGUGAGGGAAACAAAUCAAAGCAACCCUCACAGUGUCAUAAUUCAAUACAUGUUUAAAUCUGAUGCUGAAUAAUUUUUUUAGAACAUUUGUAAUGCUGACAAGAUGAAAACCAAACUAUAUGUAUACUUGUUUCUCAAGAAAAGCAGAAACUCCAUGCAGCUGUGCCUUGUAUCAAAACAAUGACAUCAUGUUUGUACCAUUCUCUGGGCACAAAACAAUGUCUAUGCAUGUGCAGAUGGGUCGACCCAGCAUGCAAUUGUGCUGCAUCAGCGACAUCUCAAACUGGUUUCCAGUUACAAUCCCUGGAUGUUGUUAGCUUCAGCAGCAGUAGCAGUUAUUACAAAAGUUUUUGUGUGCUACAUUGUGAAACGUCCUUUGAUACUGUUUGCAUGUCUGUAUAUUCUAUAGGCCGGAGACAAUGAAGAGUAAUUUUGUUUCUACAGUGAUUAUUUUCCUUUUAGGUGAAUAAGAAACGUCAUGCCACUGGUCUUUGCGUCUCUUUUCUUAUUUUUCUUUGUUUUAAUCUGUUUACUGAAUUAGUUUGAUGGUGAAGUCUGCUUCAUUGCAGCCAGAAGUGUACACAGACAUGUGUGCACUUCCAGGGAUGUAUGUAUCCUAAAUGUAUUCAUUAAACAGCUGGGUCACGUUCUCUGAAGCAGAAUAAAGAUCUAGUCCGACUGUGUGGCUCUACCUUAUUCAACACAUUGCAGUCUGGAGUAGCGUUGCCACGAUACUGGAAUUUCUAACUUUGAUACAACCUUGAAAAAUAUUAAUAUUUCAAUGGGGAAAAUUGGCACAUCAUUGACGACAUACAAAUUAAAAAUAUUUUUUUAUGUUACUGUGAGGGACUUUGAUCAAGUUAUGAAACUGAUGCCACUAUAAGACAUUCAUAAUUUAGGAGGUUCGAAUAGAUUAAUACAUACAUGAC